ACUGACAUAGGCCUAGCUGCACCAGAAGCCACGGACUGCUAUUGCAGUACCUUCCGGAUAACCCAGCACAUAAUCAGCAAUACGAGUUAGAAGAGGUUCCAAAUGUUGGGAGUUAGGGAUUCUCAGCUAAUGAAAGGGGUGACACAGAGAGACGAGCAAGCCUGUUGAGGAGAAAAGAGAGAUCAUGGCUUUUGAGGAGAUCAAGAAGAAAGGAGUAGUUGAGGUAGGGAUGGAAGGGGAAGUGGGCCUUGUGGCUGGUCGCAGUCAGAGAGAGAAGAGGAGAUCAUACAAGGACCUGCUCAGAGAGGAGGAGGAGAUUGCUGCACAGGUCCGCAAGUCCUCCAAGAAACGGCCCAAGGACUCAGAACCUUUCUUAUUGGGAGGGGACUCCCACAAGAAGAAGAAAAAGCACAGUGAAGACUACUAUUACAGAGACCAGCAAGGCUCAGGCCCACCUCCCCACAAGAAGAAGCGAAAGUCGUCAGACCACUCCCCUUCCCUGUCCUCCUCAUCUUCCUCCCAUCCCACAGACACAGCCAUGGGGCUCCUACAGGCCAUCACCUCCCCAAUGGCCACCGGCUCAGACCCGAGCCCACACCUGCACAAGAAGCCCUCCUACCCCUCCUUCUCUUCCUCCCACUUCUCCAAAGACCGCAAACGUGAUGGGAGCACCGGAGGAAGCAAAGGCAGCCACUCCUCUCAUUCCCGUCCUAUGUCCUCAUCCUCCUCUUCCAAAAAGCACUCCUCCAAGUCGUCGUCUCUGUUCCAUGGUGGUACCGGUACCCCUAAAGGAGAUCUCCUGAACAUACGUGAGCCGGAUGGGCUGAGGAUGAAGCUCAUGGUCUCGCCUAAGGAGAAGGCCGAAGGAGAGGGCUUUCCCUUCCCUCCCCACUCCUCCUCAUCCUCAAAAGGGGGGAUAAAAAAGGAGAAGGACAGAGACCGGAAGCAGCUCUCUAAAGUCCCCAAGAAGAUGCAGCAGAGCCGAGAUCCACUGCCUGUUGUGGGGAAAGAAGUGGAGGUGGAGGGGCACUACGGUGAGGGUAUGGGGGGAGACAGCUCCUCCUCGGGGGGCGAACUGGAGGCAGGAGAGCUGGUGAUAGACGACUCGUACAAGCAUCUGUCAAAGAAAAAGAAGAAGAGCAAGAAAAGCAAGAAGAAAAAGGAGAAAGAGAAGGACAGGGAGAAAGACAAAGGCGGGAGAGAGAAGAAGCACAGCAAAGGAUCAGGAGGGGACCCAUCGAGAGGCCACACCCAUACCCAUGGCUCAGCCAAUCAUUCUGCAGCUGGUGGAAUGUAUGCCAUGGGGGCCCCCAUCCCUACUCCCAUCCUUACUCACCAUCAUCAAAGUAAUGAAGUUGCAAUGAUGGAGAAGAAGAAAAAGAAGGAGGAGAGGGAAAGGGAAAAGCACGAGAAGGAGAAAGAUAAGCCCAAGAAGAAGAACACAACAGCGUACCAGGUGUUCUGUAAAGAGUACAGGGUCAACAUCAAUGCAGAGCAGCCGGGACUAGAGAAAGACUUUACUGUGUUUGCAGUGUUCGGGGAGCUGAGCAAAAGGUUGGCAGAGGUGUGGAAACAGCUCCCAGAAAAAGAUAAACUGGUGUGGAAGCAGAAAGCUCAGUACCUGCAGCACAAGCAGAACAAAGCUGAGGCCACCACAGUCAAACGCAAGAGCUCCACAGAUGGAGUCAAAAGCAAAGGCUCUAUGAAGGGCAUGGGGCUGGCAGCAGGACUGGUGUCCCCCAACCGGGCGUCUGUGGGUGUGUCCCUGUCACCAGCACGGGUCCCUGAUGUCGACCCCAUCGAUGCGGCUGCCCACCUACAGCUACUGGGAGAGUCCCUGUCCCUCAUCGGCCACCGAUUACAAGAGACAGAGGGGAUGGUGGCGGUGUCAGGCAGUCUCUCUGUACUGCUGGACUCCAUCUUGUGUGCCCUGGGACCCCUGACCUGCCUCACAGCACAGAUCCCCCAGCUCAACGGAUGUCCCCGCCAAGUCUUGUCCAACACCUUGGACAACAUUGCCUACAUCAUGCCAGGGCUGUGAAGCCAACAUAAACAUUCCUUUCCCGUCUACUGAGUGUCCUCGCCAUGAAGUAAAACGUUUGGAGUGAGAGUGCCCAUUAUAGAAGCGUGGCUUGUGGCUUGGGAUGCAGACAAUUAUUUAUGCAGCAAGGCAUUGGAAAACGUGGAUAUUAAUACUUUCAACAUGUUUUUAAAAUGUAUUUUAAAAUGCGUUCAUUUCCUUAUUAUUAUUUUUUUUACUGAAACCUAUUUUAAUGAACACUCUUUUCUUUCCCUCUGGCAUGUCUGUUAGCGUCUUCAGAUUUAACUGUAUGUUCUUGUGUGAAUGUGUGCGGGCGUGUGUGUUUUCUAUGUGUAUACAGUAUCUCCAGAGGCUAGUUUUUACUCAAAAGGACAAGCCAGGGCCCAAGUCCACCAUUGUUCCUCUUCCAUCAACAUACCAUGAAAAUAAUAUAUUUGACAACUGUUCAUGUUUGUUUUACCAGUUAAUUACAUAAUGACUUGUUAUUUUGUAUAUAUGCUAUUUUACUGAGUAUUAAGGUUUAGAUUUUGAUUGUAGAAUGAAAUUUGUAUACGGUAGAAACAUUUUGAGGCAACUGCAAUCAAACUACUGUUGUGGGUUUUGCAGCUUUUGAAGCACAAAGCUGUAAGCCACAUUUUCAUGAAUACAUCUCUUCCUAUGAGUAUACAGUAUGGAAAUGUUGACAAUAAAAAUGACAGUGUCAACAUGCAGACUGAGCAUAGCAGACUUAUAUGACUGGUAUGUACCACCACCACCUUCUUUCAACUACAGACUCCUAAACACAAACCAAUGAAUGAAUAAGGCUUGUAUUUAUUGUAACAAACCAUUGUAGUGUAUCAAGAUAAUUUACAUUUUAAGGCCAGUUAUACCUACAACUGAAAUUGCUAUUUUUAAGUGAGUAAAUGAAUUGUACAUGAACUGCAGCAGCUGCCUGUGAAUCCUCAGGAUCCUUGUCAGACUGAGGAUGAUAUGCUUUUCUCUACACAUACAAUAGAACUAGAACACUAUGUCUGUGCUUCCACAUGCCUCUAUGCCCCAGCCAGGGAGGAAUGCAAAACCUUCCCUAAUGACGUGCUUUGGAUUUUUGUUAAUCUGUAAACCAAGAAGUAAAAUCUAGUGUAAUUUGG